GCCAGGCUUUCUCCUGGGUCCGCUAUCGGUGGAAAAGAAGGCACGCAAGGCGGCGAAGCGAAGCGCCCCGUUCCGCCCGAAUAGCUUGACAGAGACGAGGCCUGAGAUUCUCAACGUGGAUGACCUGGCCAAGAAGGAGAACGACCUGACGGUGAUAUGCGGCAAGAUUCUUCAGCAGCUUUAUAAAAUCCAAGCCGAGACCCAGCAAACAGUGGCAGACCUGAUCACUGACGAGAUGGAUGAGGAGGAGAAUACUCGCAUCAUGCACGAGCAUGGGCUUCGCAGUACCGGAGGGAUUGACCUGAUGAGAUUCGUAGUCAACCCCAAGUCUUUUGGACAGACCAUUGAGAAUCUCUUUUACGUGAGCUUUCUUAUUCGCGAUGGGAGGGUCGAGAUUGAUUUCGACGACUACGGUCUCCCUUCGUUAGCGCCGGUAGAUCGAGAGGCAGAGGAUACGGAAGCUAUCCGGCAAGCGACUUCCAAGCACCAAGCCAUCCUAUCCAUGGACAUGGAAACGUGGCAAGACAUCAUAGACGGGAACUGGCAGUUUCCGGACCCGGCGCCAGGGGCUGGUACGGCUAAAGAUGGCCUUUGAA